AUGUGGGCGAUCGGGCGCCGCGCAGCCUCGGGCCUGUUCCCCCGGGCGGCGUCGCCGGGCCCGCUUCCGGCCCGCGCUGGGGGUCCCUGCUCGGCGAAAGAGCCUUUGCCCGGUGGCCAUCCGGGUCUGCGCGCCAGGACGGCGGCGAGCUGCGAGCCCCGACCAGCCAGUUUGAGCCUCCACUGCCUCAACCAGAUUCUGAAUGCCCAAAAGCAAAAGGUCCAGUUGGUGAAUCUGAGAAAAGUGGGAACUUUGGGUGAUCCAAGCUUCUUGGAUGAGACCACCUAUGAGCGACUGGCUGAGGAAACGCUGGACUCCUUAGCAGAGUUUUUUGAAGACCUUGCAGACAAGCCCUACACCUUUGAGGACUAUGACGUCUCGUUUGGGAGCGGUGUCUUAACAAUCAAACUGGGUGGAGACCUCGGCACCUACGUGAUCAACAAGCAGACCCCCAACAAGCAGAUCUGGCUGUCUUCCCCUUCCAGUGGGCCCAAGCGCUACGAUUGGACUGGGAAAACCUGGGUGUACUCCCACGACGGCGAAUCCCUCCACCAGCUGCUGGCCACCGAGCUUUCCAAAGCUUUAAAAACCAACCUGGACUUAUCUUCCUUGGCCUAUUCUGGAAAAGACUCUUGAUGCCCAGCCCCAUUUUAAAGACAUUAAAAGCUAUACACCCAAGACCACA